UUUCACGAUCCGGUGUUCAGUUGUUAAUUUUACGCGGGAUCUCUCGUAACAAAGCCGGCGUCUCGUCUUAAUUAUCGAAAACAUUUAAAAGUAACAGAGUGUGGAAUAGUUUUGAUUGAUAUAAAUUUAAAUAUAGAAAUAAAAUAAUUAAGACUUUUUAAUUACUAAUUGUGUUAAAAGUUAGAUAAUAAAUAUUUAAUAUGGAAAGAAGUUAUACAACGGUAGAUGAACAUCAUAUAUUUUACGAGUGGUUGAUUGAUAAAAUAGAUACUUAUUAUAUUAGAGACGGUGAAACAAGUGAUUUUACUGUAAAUUCAUCAGAAUUCUCAACAGGAGCUAAAAUUAAAGAUAAAUGGUGUGUUCGUUCAAAUAUAUGCAAUAGAUCUACGUGUUCAUUACGUGGUACUGAUGGGUUGUCAUCAAUAGGAUUUUAUUUGGACUUUUUGAAUAAUACUGACGAGGUAAACGUAAACAUAAAAUACUCAAGUUUCAUUUUAAAUAACCAAAAAAAUAAGGUAUGUAAAACAAGGGAAAUAAGCCGUCUGUUAAACGAAAAUAAAGAAUUGUUGGUGUAUAUCCAGCUGGAUCCUUUGAUGAAGAAAAGAGAUGAAUAUUUUCCCAAUAAUACUUUAACAUUUUGCCUUAAUCUUACUGUGUAUGAUACUCCUGUUUCAACUUCCACAAAACUUGAAUUAAAUAUUCCAAUAAAUCAAAUGGCUCACGAUUACACAGAACUUUACAAUACUAAGAUGGGUAGUGAUGUUACCAUAAAUGUGCGUAACACAGAAUUCCGAGCUCAUAGAAGUAUUUUGAUGGCACGAAGUCCUGUUCUGGCUGCAAUGUUUUCUCAUGACAUGAUUGAAAAAAAAGAAAAUAAAAUAUCUAUACCAGACAUUACUCCAGAGAUCUUCGAAAAGCUCUUAAAGUAUAUCUACACUGAUGAAGUAAAUGAUCUGGAUGCGGAUGCUGAACGUUUAUUAGAAGCCGCAGACAAAUAUCAGCUACUGUCACUUAAAAAAAUGUGUCAAGUAUCUCUUAGUAAAACUUUAACUGUUAACAAUGCAUUGAAAAUAAUGACUUUAGCUGAUCUUCACAGCGCCAAACAUCUAUUGGAUUUUACAAAUAAGUUUAUGGCAUCAAAUAUCAAAAAGAUUGUCGAGACUCAAAACUUCAAAGAAUUCAAAAAACGAAAUCCUCCUUUAGCAUUCGAAUUAUUGGAAAAAUUUACAUUUCUCAACUUGUGAAAUUAACUGAUACAAUUGCCUAUGGACAAACUAACAAGUUGAUCAACAAAGAAGAUUGAAACUCAGUACAAUAACUUGGUGUUCAACAAUAUUCCAUAAUUUAAAUACCAUAUAUAAUAACUAUUCAAUAACUUUAAACAUAAUCAUAUUUUAUUACAAGUCUUACAUAUUUUUACUAUUCUCAAUUAUAAGUUUAACUUAAAAACUAAUAAUUACUCAGUUAUCCUUUCAAUUUUGACUUAUUAUUAUUAUUAUUAAAAAAAUUUUAUAUUUCUCUAAGAAAAAAUAUUGACGUAAUUUCAUAAAAUAUAUGAUAAAGUUUUUCAUAUCAUUAAUUAUCUCCUCAUUUACUUCUUAAAAAAUUUCUCUAUUUUCAAUAUGAAGUGGCGCUAAUGUCAAUUUUUGUACGAAAAAUAUUCUCAUAAAUUUUUUGCUAUGAACUCAAAUAUAUUUAUAUUUAUUUUGCUCAAUAAUACGGUCGAGGUUUUGAAAUAUGGCGACUUACUGAUAGCAUUGAGUCGUAAAAGGUAUUGCUUACAAUAUUAUUUUAAACAAAACCCGAUAUGCAAGCAAAUAACGUCAUCAUUUUUAACGGGAAUUGCUUACUACUAAUAUCUCAUAUUUUUUGUCAUUUAAUAUAUUUUGUAAAAAAAACUGUUGAAUAAUUUAAUAAAAAUUUUAAGAACUUUAAAUUUGUAUAUAAAAAUAAGUUUUUAAAUAAUUAACGUAUCCUAGGUUCUCAGUAAGUAUAAAAAGGCCCCAAUGGAAGAGUGGAGUCCCACUUGCGAAUUAAAAGCGGGGGUAUAUGGUAAGUAAAUAGUAGUUGAGACUGGUGGGAUUGAAAUGAAACUCAUACUGGGACGAUAAGAAACUAAUCAAAAUUUCCACCACUUCGCUUUAACAAUAAGUACAGUAGAAGCCGUAAUCUCAUGUGUGCUGUUGCUAAGUUUAAGUGCGAAAUUAAAGCCGUUAGUCAUAUUUUCAUUUUAUUAUUAUAUACAUUUUUCAAUAGUUCGACUUGUGCAGUAUAAAAUAUCAUUUUAAUAAUAUUGUUUGAGUAGUUCUUCUUGCAUUAGAAAAAAAAUUACUAAUAAUAAUUGGAGUAUUUAUCGAGUUACAAUUUAAAAACUAUUUAAAAUGGAAGAGUGUUACACAAAAACAGAUGAGCAUAAUAUUGUUUUUAAAUGGAAGAUAAAUAAAAUAGAUGUGUAUGUCAGCCCCAUCAUCAUUAGUGAUACUGAUCUCCAAAUCAACUCUUCAGAAUUUACAUCAGGAGCAAAAAUUAAAGAUAAAUGGCGGAUGGAAUUAGACUUUAAUAAUUCUAAUACUAAUAAUACAACAAGUGACAAACUAGACUUUCGUUUGCGUUUAUUGAAUAACGAUGACUUAGUAAACACAAAAUUUUCGUUUUUUAUUUUGAGUAAUAAAAAUGAGAAACAAUGUUUACAACAUCUGCAAUUUAUUAUGAAGAAGUGUGAGGAAACUUUAUAUUCGCUCUCCAAGUCAGAAUUAUUAAAAAACAAAGAUAAAUUUUUACCCGGUAAUAUUUUGACAGUGUGUGUUGAUCUUACUGCCUAUGAUCCGCCUAUUACAACUUUUAAAAAAAUUGAAUUAAAUAUUUCAAAAUGUCCAAUGGCGCAGGACUACAAAAAACUUUAUGAGUCUGGAAUGGGUACCGAUGUUACUAUAACAGUGGAUGAUACUCAUUUUCUAGCUCAUAGAAAUAUUCUGAUGGCCCGGAGCCCCGUUUUAGGUGCCAUGUUUUCUCAUGAAAUGAUUGAGAAAAAAGAAAAUAAAAUAACGAUACCAAACAUUACUCCAGAUAUAUUCGAAAAAGUCAUGGAGUACAUUUACACCGAUGAAGUAUCUGGUCUAGCUGAGAUUGCUGAUGAUUUGUUAAAAGCUGCAGAUAAAUACCAGAUACUGUCACUUAAAAAUAUUUGUCAAGAAUCUCUUAGUGAAACUCUGAAUCUUGAAAAUGCAUUUGAAUUAAUGACUUUAGCUGAUCGUCAUAGCGCUGAACCUCUGUUAGAAUUCAUCACCGAUUUCUUGGUCAAUAACAUAAAAAAAAAUAAUAUUGACAUUGAGGAUUUUGAAAAUUUUGAGAAAUCACAUUCUUCCUUGGCAUUCAAAGUGAUGAAAAAAUAUUCAUUUUCCAAAAAUGAAGAUAAAGCUAAUAUUCCUGAUAAAACUUCAAAAUAUUUGUUUAUUUUUUCUAUUUUCAGAUAAACAAAACCUAGAUAACGAGUAUUGGACCUAAAUACAACUUGGUGCUCAACAACAUCAUAAUGUAUCACUUAAAAACUAAUUCAAUAUCUUUAAAAAUUUUGACUAAUUAUUACAAGUAUUUUAUAUUUUUUUUUAUGAAAAAUUUUCAAGUAAUUUCGUUAAGUAAAAUAAAGAUUUUCAUACCGUUAAUUUUUUAUUUACUUCCAUUCAAUUGAAAUCCCCAUCAUUUUCGAAUAUAAAGUGGCGCCAAUGUGGAUUUUUUGAAACCUCCAAUCUAUCAACGAUAAAAUGUCGGUAAUACAUUCAAAUAAUUUUAUAAUUGUUAUAAUGUUAC